AUGAGUGGGCUGAGGUGUAGUAUGGAAAGGGCCAAAAGACAACAAGCGUUUGAUGACAACAUGUGGCCAAUGGUUUUGGACAACAGUCGCGAUGAGUGCAAGAGAUCCCUCCGGAGAUAUGAACUGGAGGCCUAUUCAUCGGUGGUUACGGCUCUCAGAGCGCAGGGAGACCUCAAUAAAGAUAAACGAAAGAUUCUUCAGGACUUGUGCUCAAUGCUGAGUAUAAGCCUUGAGAGACACAGAGCCGAAGUGCGAAGAGCUGUGAACGACGAGAGACUGAACACAAUCGCUCACCACAUGACUGGUGCCAACACUUGCACCGAAUGGACGAUCGAAGGCCGACGACUGAUCCCUCUGUUGCCACGACUGGUGCCGCAGACAGCCUUCACAGGUCUCGCCAACUCUGUGGCCAACGUUCAGAUCAGUCGCAACCAAUCGAUGUUAAGUCCGUCGGAAACUGGAAUCAAACAAAUGCCACAAAUGGAGACAAUGGAUGACAAUAUCGAUAGCAAUCCCAAGAGGCGGCGCAUUGACAGCCAAAGUCAGCCCACGUUUGUUCCCAUCAAAUCCGAACCACUCUUAGUUCAAAACCCAUCAAAUCCUCAAUCAAACCAUCGAAGCCCUAAAGUGGGCGCCAUUUCCUCGCGGGCUGUCGUCAGUGCCAGCAAUUGCUAUACAGUGUCGACGUCUAUGGCCUCCCAAGCCAUGGGGCACUCGGGAACUCGUGUUAUAUUCGUGUCCACUCCGACCACAUCUCCAUCCAAUGUCAUCACCACUUCCACCAAAAACGUGACCGCAAUUCCUCUCAUAUCGAGGCAUACGUUAGGAUCGCCUCAAAAGACCACAAUUGAUAUCCCGAACACUCGGAAUGCGAGACAAAGGCCGGGCAGACCUCCCACUGUCAACACGACUGUCAACACAUCGAUCGUCGGCCUAAUCGGAGUUCCCGGCAAUCAGAAGACGGGGCAAAAGAAUAUGACGAAUAAGACGACAAUAAAUACGCCAACGCUGGCGGCAAAUGUGCCGCGUAUUCCUCUGAUCCCCGGCACACAAGUCUUCACCAAAAGCAAUGGUCAGCAACAGGUCGUUGUCUUUCCAUUCAAUUCGCGACAAUCCGUUUCGGUACCCAUCAGUCAAACGGUUAAAGCGAUUUCCAUCCCGUCGUCUUCAUCGCCAUCCGUCACCACAAGCGCACAGACACUCAUCUACCAGAGCGCCGCUAAUGUCAAGAACGUACAGAAAGUCCAGACACCGAACCUCAUUAUAAUGCAACAGAAAAACGUCGGACACAUCACUAAACCCAUCACUACUAUCCCUAUGAACGCCAUCACUCUAUCGAAGGCUAAUAUCGCCAAAACUCAGAUUAAAAGUCCUCUUUUGGGGACACAUAAGAAGACUGUGGUCGACAUCGGACCCAAUCCCGGCCUCCAGAGCCAGACAUUCACUUUGAGUGAUAACUCGAAGAUCAUUACAAAGCGAUUGCAAGCGUCUCCCAAAACUCUACAAGAAAUGAGCGAAAGUUUUCCUGAUUUGAAUCAAAGGAUCAUUGAAAUUGACGCCACGAAUGAAUCAUUUGCCGGCAUUUUGAACAGUUUUAAAGGCGGUGCGAUGUCUCAGUCGGAGUUCAUUGAGUUCAUCAAGAAGUCUAGCAUUUCGAGUGGUGGACAACAAUCUGGUGAACACCAGAGGGACGAGAUUCACGACGAGUCGUCUGAAGACACGGUGUCGACCAGUGAAUCACCACUUCAUGAGAUGAAUUCAGAGUUCGGUGACAUCCCGGACACGAGUAUAUGCCUGGAAGUGUUGGUGCAGUUGUUGCUCCAGUCUUGA